AUGGCAGCAGCAGAAGAAAAUUCGCAGCAAACUCCAGCAGGCGGCUCAAUUGCUGCUGCUGCUGCACUUGCUGCUGCACCUGCUGCUGCACCUGCUGCUGCAGCUGAUGUACUUGCUGCUGCUGCACCUGCUGUUGCUGCGGGAGGGGCGGAUGCUGCUGCUGCUGCUACAAAUGAGGUGAACAAAAUUUUGCUGCUAGCAGCAAGAGGGGGGUUUGCAGCAGCAGCACUGCAGCAAGCAGCAGCGCAGCUGAGGCAGGUACGGAGCAGCAGCAGGGUUUCUCCUGAGGUGUAUGUACACCUCAAUAGGCUUGCUGCAGCAAACGCAUCAUUUUGCUGCUGUGUCGGAUGCAGCGCAACCCUCACUGAAGAUGCAGAUGCAACAGGCGCUGCAGCAGCAGCAACUGCUGCUGCUGCUGCUCCAGAUGCAGUAGCAGCAGCAGCAGCAGCUUGCUGCUCGUUCAGGACGGCUCUUCGGAAGCAUCUGCUUGCUGCCUUUUCUUUGCCGCCAGUUGCUGCUGCUCGCGCUGCUGCUGCAGCAGCAACAGCAGCACCUACUUGCCGAGCCAAUUUGCUGGCUGAUCGCUGCUGCAGCAGCUGCAGCAGCUGCAGCAGGAGCAGCAGCAACUGCUGCCGUAGCAGCUCUUUGCGCCUGGUGGUGGACUUGGGUUUGCUGCAGCGCCGCUUGAGCUGCGAAUUGCUGCAGCUGCUGCUGCAGCUGCUCGCCUUUCCGUUGCUGCUGCUGCUGCUUGCUGACGUUUACGCGCUUGUAGGGUUUUGCUUGCAGCUGCUGCUGCUGCAUGCAGGCACCCCACAAGAAGCAGCGCCUGCUGCAGCGGCAGCAGCAGCGGGGCUGUCAUGUGCAGCAGAAUUCCGCUGCCCUGCUGCAGCAGAGCUGCUGCUGCAACCUCAAAGCCGCGCUUGCAUCCUUGCCUGCAGCAACAGCAGCAGCAGCAGCAGCAGCAUCAGGAAACCCGGUGUUGUGUUGUGGUUUGUAGAAGCAGCAGAUCUGCUGCUGCCGCUGGAGCAUCAUUUUCUGAGGGCAGCAGCAGCUUACGUUUGCUGCAGCAGCUCCUGUAUUGCGGCUGCUGCUGUUACUGCAGCAGCAGCAGCAGAAGGCAUGCAAGGAACACCGCUGGCAGCCGCAACUGCUUCUGCUGCAGCUGCAGCAGCAGCAGCAGCAGCAGAACAGGCGGUGCUGCUGCUGCGCGUCUCACUGAGCUGUUGGCUCGGGGGCCCUCCUCUCGCUGCUGCUGCUGCUGCUGCUGAUACCGCUACACCUGAAGGGCUGAUAGCUGCAGUGGAUGCCUUUGUUGCUGCAGCAAUACCCAGCACUCCUGCUGCUGUUGCUGCUGCUACUGCUGCUGCUACGAGCUCGCGGGAGCUCGCUAAGGCCUGCAGCGUGUGGCAGCAAACGAUACCAGCAGCAGCAGCUUCCCUACAGGGGCAGCAGCAGCAGCAGCAGCUGCUGCUGCAGCUGCUGCAGCACCCGCUGCAGCAUCAGGGCCCGUUGCCGCUGCUGUUUGCAGCAGCAGCUGCCGCUGCUGCUGCUGCACCUCGUGCAUUCACCACGCAGCUGCUGCUGCAGCUGCAGCAGGAAGCAACAGCUGCUCUUGCUGCAGCAGGGAGGCUGUGCAUAAGCGCCCUUCUUUCUGUUCCUGCUGCUGCUGCAGCUGCUGCUGCUACCACCACACCAAGCAGCAUGCCGCUACAGCGGCAGCAGCAGCAGCAGCAGCAGCAGCUGCCGCUGCUGCUGCUGCGGCCCCGGCAGUGCAUAGGGUUGUGGAGUAUAGCAGAGGCAGCAGCAACGGUGGAAAGGGAAUCUGUAGGUUUCUGUGCUGCUGCUGCUCCUGGGCAGCAGCAGCAGCAUCAGCAGCAGCAAGCAGCGGGGCCUUGUGUUGGUGCAGCAAGGGCCGUCUACUGCAGCAGCAACCUGCAGCAGGACCUCUGUCGGUUGUUGCUGCUGCAGUGCGCUGACGCAGCAGCAACUUUGUGCUGCAUCUGCUGCAGCGCCUCUCCACACGGGCAGCAGCAGCAGCAGCAGCAGCAGGCGCCCUUGCUGCUACAUGCAUGCACCCAAGCGCGCUUUGCUGCUCAGCUGCUGCACCGCCUCCUCAGUGCGAGAGCCGCUGACCCCGUCUUUCUCUUCUCCUGCGCUGCCGAGCAGCAGCAGCAACAACAACAGCAACAGCAGCAGCAGCAGCAGCAACAGCAACAGCAGCAGCCUGGCGGUUAUCUUUAUGACAUCGUUGCGAGGCUGCUGCGCCUUGUGCUUGCAACUCAGCAGCAGCAGCAGCAACAGCAACAGCAGCAGCAGCAGCAGGCUGUGUAUGUUGUAAGCCCUUCGUCUCCCCACCGGUUGUUCCUGCUGCUAGAUGCUGCUGCUGCAGCAGAAGUGGAAGGGACAGCUAGCACGUUAGCUGCAUUCAUAGCAGCAGCAGCUGCUGCUGCGCCCACCGGAGGCCUUCUUCGGCUCCGCAAGGCUCUGCUUGUUGCUGCUGAUGCUGCUGCUGCUGAUGCUGCUGCUGCUUCAGGUGAUCCUGCUGCUGCUGCUGCUGCUGCGGAGAGUAGCAGAGCAGCAGCAAUCUCGUUCUAUUUGAAUAUAAUGAUUGCAGCAGCAGAAAACAACACCGACGCCCCCUUGCCCGCAGCAGCAGGAACAGCAGCUCCGCUGCAGCAAAGGGUACAGCAGCACAGCAUGCACAUGCAGCAGCAACUGCUGCAGCAACGAGCGCUGCUGCUCCGGCAGCAGCAGCUGCUGCUGCAGCAAAACGCCCUGCGGGCCAUCGAAGACGCAGCCCUUGAUUUCCCCCUCUCCAUCUGCGUGCGAGGCAACUGUUUUGCUGCUGCUGCUGCUGCUGCCGCUGCUGCUGCGCCAGUCAUGGGGCCGCAGCAGCAGCAACAGCAGCAACAGCAGCAACAGCGGCAGCAGCAGCAUCAUAUGCAAGCCUUUUGGAGAGGCAAGUUCACCGAGCUGCAGUUGGGGCCUGUUGCAAUGUGGUUUGCUGCUGCUGCUGCUGCGCGGGACAGCAGCAGCAGCAGCAACAGCAGCACAUUUUCUGAAGCGUCGAGGCGAGACCCUGUUGCUGCUGCAGUUGUAGAAGGAGAGAGACAGCUGCUGCAGCGGCUGCUGCUGUGGUGCUGCAGCAGCCAUGCUGCGCUGUCGUCUGUUGCUGUUUGCUGCUGCUGCCUGCUGUCUGCAAUUGCCUCCGGUGGCCUGCAGCAGCAGCAGCAGCAACAGCAGCAGCAGAAGCAGCAGCAGCGUAUACGAACUGCAGCAGCACAUGUCUGUGCAAUGCUUUUUGCUGCUGCUGUCAACAGCAAGCUGCAGCGCUGCGGACGCUCUUCUACAGCAGCAACAGCAGCAACAGCAGCAGCAGCAGCAAAGGCGCCAACUGGCGCUGAUGAAUUGCUGCAGCUCUGUGUAGGGACAACAUUACAGAUUUCCCCUACGAAGCAGCAGCAGCAGCUCUUCCGCUGCUUUGCUGCAGCAGCACACGAGGCUGUGAUCCUGGCUCAUGCGCAGCAGCAGCAGCAGCAGCAGCCACAGCAGCAGCAGCAGCAGACUGUCGGUCUCUUUGCUAACGAGCUGCUGCAGCUGCCACUUGAAUACAGCGCUGCGCUGCUAAGACGGCUUUCGCUUGAGGAGAGCAGCAGCAGCAGCAGCAGCAGCGACGAUUCUGUUUCUGUGCCGAUGUGGCUCAGCAUGAUUACCUCUAUGUCUUCUGCUGUGCUGCAGUUCCCCGUCUAUCCCAGAGGCAGCAGCAGCAACGCAGCAGCAGCAGCAACAGCAGCAGCAGCAGCAGCAGCAGGUGCAGCAGCAGCAGCAGAUACACUAGAAAACCGAUGUCGUCUUCUGUUGGAGGCCCUCCUUGAUUUUACGCAGAAGGCAGCAGCAACAAACAUGAAGAUAGCACUGCCAGCAUGCAGGCUGCUGCAGCAGCGCAGCCCUGCUGCUGCUGCUGCUGCUGCAGCUGCUGCAGACCUGCUGCUGCAGCACCACGAGGGCAAUGCCUCUGUAGGCCUGCAGCUGCUAGACGGGGAGAGAGCAGCAGUACAGGCAGUGUGUGAUACUAUUGAGGUGUAUGCGCAGCUAGCAGCAGCAGCAGCAGCAGCAAUUCUGCUGCCGUUUGCUGAUGAGCUCUGCCAGUUUAUAAGACAUUAUAUCUGCAGCAGGCAUAUGUUUGCUGCUGCUGCUCCUCUCUUUGCUGCUGCUGUGGCGCUGUCUUGCUGCUGCAGCAGGCCUCUGGCCCAGCCGCAACAGCAGCAGCUGCUGCUGCAGCAACAGCUGCUGCAACAGCAACAGCAGCAGCAAGAAGCAGCAGCAGCUGCUGCAAAGCUGCAGCAAGUCGUCCUGUUGGCGCUGCCUCAGAUGCUGCUGCUACACCCCAAAACAACUGCAGCAGCUCUCACCAACGCAUUGCAGCGGAACCCUCAGCAGCAGUUUGCUUCAGGCGUUGCUGCUGCGCUGCUGCAGCAACGACAACGAGGCAAUGAGCAGCUGCUGCUGCUACUGCACUCCAUAGCCAUCACCUCUGACCAGCAGCAGCAGCACCAGCAGCACCAGCAGCAGAUACAGCUGAGCUCAGCAGAGCGACAGAAGGUAGCCUGUCUGCUCAGGCUUGCCUUCCUGAGCAGCAGCAAAGACAAGAACAGCUGCUGCGGCUCCCUCCAACCUGGAGCAGCAGCAGCAGCAGAUGCAGCAGCAGCAGAUGCAUCUGCAGCAGCGAUUUCGCAAGAUGGCUGCAGCAGCGGAGCAGCUGCUGCAGCGUGUCAGCGGCUGUUGCUGCUGCUGCUGCAGCAGGCGAACUCUGCUGCUACGGCGCAGCAAAUUGCCGAUUGUCUCGCAUUGCUGCAGCAGAAGGGUUGA